CCGCUCCCCCUUCAUUCCCCGACCAGCAACAAGCAAGCGAGCAUCGUCUCUUCUCUCUCUCCCUCCGUCGCGACGAUGAGCGGCGGCAUGGACUCGUCGUCCUCGGGCUCCGGUAGUGCGGGGGUGGCGCCGUUCGUGGCCAAGACGUACGGGAUGGUGGACGACCGGGCCACCGACGCCGUGGUCGCGUGGGGGCCCGCCGGCAACAGCUUCGUCGUCGCCGACCCCUUCGCCUUCUCGCAGGCGCUCCUCCCGGCGCACUUCAAGCACGCCAACUUCUCCAGCUUCGUCCGGCAGCUCAACACCUACGGCUUCCGCAAGGUGGACCCGGACCGGUGGGAGUUCGCGCACGCCUCCUUCCUCCGCGGCCAGACGCACCUCCUCCCCCGCAUCGUCCGCCGCCAGAGCAGCGCCAAGCGCGGCGGCAAGGAGGGCGGCGAGGAGGAGGAUGAGGAGAGCAGCAGCACGGUGUUGGCCAUGGAGGUGGUCCGGCUGAGGCAGGAGCAGAGGGCCACGGAGGAGCGCGUGGCGGAGAUGUGGCGCCGGGUGCAGGAGACGGAGCGCCGGCCCAAGCAGAUGCUCGCCUUCCUCCUCAAGGUGGUGGGCGACCCCGACGUGCUGCGCCGCCUCGCGGGCAGCUCGGGGGGCGGCCAGGACGAGGGCGCGGAGGAGGUCAAGAGGCCGCGGCUGCUGCUCGACGCGGACGGCGCGGGGGUCGACCACCACCACAGCGGCAACCUGAACCUGGAGGAGGCCCUGGUGCCGGAGCCCAGCGUGGACAUGUACUACGCCGGAGGGGACGGGUUCGGCGGCGUGCAGGCGGACGGCUUUCACAUGGACAGCGGCUACUGACCGGCUGCUGGUUGGGCGGCCGAUCAACCCCCUCCCCACUGUCCCCGACUGCUCUGCUCUGUACUGUAUCUGUAUGUAUGUAGAGAAAGGAGGCUAGAUAGGGGUUAGGCUCUGACUUGUGGCUGUAGAGGAGAUCGAAUCUCAAUCUGCGAGACAUAUUUUUGUUUACUGUGUGUAUUUUAGCUCAGCAACUUUGAUCAGGUGAGAUGUGUAAAACCUGUGUUUGUGUUGCGAGGCCAGGAAUGCGCAAUGCUGGAGGCACAUGCGGCAUCA